CCUCCAAGGCCGCAUUUGCGCGAGAUUUGCCCUCAUCAAUCUCUCACUGGACCAACUUUUGACAAACUCCAAGCUUGACUGGUGCAACCUUGGCAACAUCCUUGACCGCUUCGUUAACCGGUGUGAGCAUGCCGCAUAGAUCAGCUCUGUGGACAGCUUGCGGCUGCACCCACCCGGUAAUGCGUUUUGAUGGUUCAGGACAAUGCACACCCCUUUCGGUACUGCAUCCAAGGAUCGGCUCCAGAGUAGAAAGAUUCAUAAUUUCUACCUUAUCCUAGGAACCCCCUUCAUUCUUUUUUUCGUCUGAAUGUUCUCACACCCCUUCAGAAGCAAAGUGCUCGAGUACCUCAAUGAUCAGAUGUGAACAGGUCCGCCUCUGGUCCGUGAGCCAGCAAGGCAAAGCUCUAUGAAUCCUCUGCGAGCCCGGCUCGAAGGAUGUCCUCAUCAUUGCCGUUGCCAGCAGCACCUACCGGGAAUCGAUUCGCUCUGGUCACGCCUGACGACGACAGCGCGCCAGUUACUAUCGUCACGAUGCUGUCUUCUAUCUUUACGAUUCUUGUAUUUGCGGUCAGGCUUGGUAUUGUAAAGAGGAAAAGGUAUGGCUACGACGAUUGUCUGCUGAGCUUAGGACAUGUGGUGGCACUAGGACAAUGGGCUGCUAUAUUCAUCGCAUUGGAUAAUGGCUUAGGAAAGUCUACGAAGCUCGUUGGAAAUAGGGAACAGAACUCUUCUGCAAAAGCACUGUUCGCUGGACGAAUCCUGCUGAUUUUAUCUUUGUGCUUUUCGAAACUCAGCAUCCUUCUGCUAACUCGAUCAUUAUUUCACUGGGAAAAGAGACGGAAAAUACUUAUCAUCGAUGCAACGAUAGUCCUCGUCAUAAUAUGGGGACUAGGAGCGACUCUUGCCCUGUCGAUCGACUGCUCACCCCACACUAUGUUGGGACGAGGCCUAACGCAGUGCUCUGGUCAUGUCCUUCGACUUCGUAUCGUCAUGAUAAUCGACAUCAUCACGGAAUGCAUAAUAUUUGGAAUACCCAUUCUGUUUCUGUACGCUGUUAAAGUUGCGAAUGGUACGAAACUACUGGUCAUUGCUGCCUUUGCCUUCAGACUUCCGCUAGUCGCUUUCUCGAUAAUGUACCUUCUCUCCUUCACUUCUUACAUCGACUCCAAGUCGUCCGGUACAGCCAUCGUUCCGACCAUGAUCUGGCAAGAAAUUCUCCUCGGAUACUCGCUCAUGUCUGCGACUAUACCAUGUCUCAAAGCUUUUGUGGAAGGCUUCACAACUGGAGGUGGCAGAUUGGGAGAAAUCGAGGUGGUCAGAAUGCCAUAUGAGUCGGAAGGCAGCUACGAGCUAGGUCAGAUGCGGAAGAAUAUGCAUCGUAGCUUAGAACGGCUGGAGAACAUUGAGGAUACUGGAACACAUCUGCAACAUUCUCGCCGGCGUUCAAGGAGGUCCAAUAGCAAAACAAUCGAAGAGGCAUCGAUAAGAAGUCAGACUUCCGAACAGCCUAUAAUUGGGAUGGCUAUAUAAUAAUCAAUGGCGUUUGGGUAGGAGGAGUUAGGUUUGGGAAUCGCUGGAAGCGUUGUCUUCACUACUGGGAGUGAAUUUGUAUGAUAUCCAUUUGACAUUGUACCAACACCGUAGGUGCCGACAUAAGGCAGGUAUUCUUUAGUACAAUUCAAGAUCAACAAAGCUAAUCAGGAAAUGCAAACAGUAGCC